ACAAAUGUAACAAAUAAACCAAUAAAAUAAAAUUAACCUUAUCAUCAUUAUCAUCACUAUUGACAUUGGAUAUGGAUUGAGUCUGAUUGAAAAUAUACUGCAGAUAUCAAUUAUAUGAAUGAAGGCAACGAAAAUGGCGCAUAAGUCUUACGCGAUUGGGACAGCAACGCGGAUCAAUUAUCGGCCUGGUUGCGAACGAAGGUUAACUUUCAAAUACGUGAUUAGCUUUCUGUCGUUAUGGCAACUCGAUAAAUGUUGUUGUCUGAACGACGGCUGUCACUUGAGACAAUUGCAACAACAAUCGAUAUUUGUGCUAAUUAUUUUUUAAAUAUUGCGUGAAAAUUGCAGUGGAAAGUGAAAAGACAAUAGCUCUUGAUUGAGAAAGAGAAUAUAUUAAAUUAACUAAAAAGUAAAACAGAGAAAAUGGGCUCACGUUCACGAAGUCCAACGCCGAAGCGCCGUCAUCAUAAAAGCAAGCACAAAAAACGUAGCAAAUCCCAUCACAUAGAUAGAAAGCGUGAUAAAGACAAUGAGGCUGUUUACAAUUAUUGCGCUGGCAAUAAUACCGCUAGCAGGAGAGAUAAAGACCGGGAAAGAGAUCGGGAACGUGAACAUAGCCAUCACAGAAAUCGGAAACGUUCUCCAUCCACGAUGUCUUCUAGCGAUUACACAGAUAGCGACACAAUGCAUGCAAGCAGUAGACACAAACGAAGCCGCUACAAAAAAUUAGAUGAAGUAGAACGUUUAGCUGAAAUGGAGCGUCAAAGACGUCAAAAAGAAGCUGAACAGAAGAUUGUUGAAGAGGAAGCGUCAAAGCGUAUCGAAUUAUUGGUGAAUAAACGCGUUGAGGAGGAACUCGAGAAAAGACGUGAUGAAAUUGAACAGGAAGUGAAGAGACGUGUCGAAGCCGCCAAAGCUGAGAUGGAACACGAAAUGAUGUUGGAAUUGGAAAGAAGACGAGAACAGAUACGAGAAGAAGAACGCCGUCGUGAGGAAGAGGAAAAGAAAAAACGCGAAGAACUCGAAGAAAUUUUGGCUGAAAAUAAUCGAAAAAUCGAAGAAGCUCAACGCAAACUGGCUGAAGAGCGUUUGGCCAUUAUUGAAGAGCAACGUCUUAUGGAUGAGGAACGUCAACGUAUGCGCAAGGAACAGGAGAAACGUAUCAAAGAGGAGCAAAAAGUCAUUCUGGGCAAAAAUAAUUCAAGACCAAAAUUAUCGUUUUCACUUAAACCGGGUGCUUUAUGAGCUUUCUUUUUUUCGAUUGUUUUCUUAUUUUUAAUCUUGAUUUAAAAUUUUUAGGUAACUUUCUGCUUUUUUUUUUUUUUCUUUUUCAUUUAAUUUCAUUUUUUAUUUGUAAUAUAAAAAGAGAACAAGAUAAUAAUUACUAGUAUGGAAGAAGUACUUGACUUAACUGCAAGUCUUUCAAACAACAAUAAUACAUAUAUACACAAAAUUUGUAUAUAUUUUUUCUUUUUCGCUAUCGCGUUGCCUGCGAUGUUAUAUAUUUGUAUUGUAAAAAUUAACUUUUUAGUACACUUACUCUGCGUGCGUAACUACAAUUUCAAUAAUCCUUAAAACUCCAACUAACCUCUAUAGUACGACAAGAAAUUUUUUACUUCUUUCUACACACAGUAAUGUCGCUACAUUAUAAAAAAAAAA